GCGUUCUUGCUGGAUCGUCAAUGGCGCGGUUGGGGAUCAGCAAGGGAGGAAGCGGCGGCGGCGGCAAGGAGGCGAAGAAGGCGCUGCUGCUGGGGCGGUUCGAGGUGGGGAAGCUGCUGGGGCAGGGCAACUUCGCGAAGGUGUACCACGCGCGCAACGCGGCCACCGGCGAGGAGGUGGCGAUCAAGGUGAUGGAGAAGGAGAAGAUCUUCAAGUCGGGGCUCACGGCGCACAUCAAGCGGGAGAUCGCCGUGCUGCGGCGGGUGCGCCACCCGCACAUCGUGCAGCUCUACGAGGUGAUGGCCACCAAGCUGCGGAUCUACUUCGUGAUGGAGUACGUGCGCGGCGGCGAGCUGUUCGCGCGCGUGUCGCGGGGCCGCCUCCCGGAGGCCGACGCGCGGCGCUACUUCCAGCAGCUGGUGUCCGCCGUCGCGUUCUGCCACGCGCGCGGGGUGUUCCACCGGGACAUCAAGCCGGAGAACCUCCUCGUCGACGACGCCGGCGACCUCAAGGUCUCCGACUUCGGGCUCUCCGCCGUCGCCGACCAGAUGCGCCACGACGGGCUCUUCCACACCUUCUGCGGCACUCCGGCGUACGUCGCGCCGGAGGUGCUCUCGCGCCGCGGAUACGACGCCGCCAAGGCCGACCUCUGGUCCUGCGGCGUCGUGCUCUUCGUCCUCAUGGCCGGUUACCUCCCCUUCCAGGACCGCAACCUCGUCGGCAUGUACCGCAAGAUCCACAAGGGCGACUUCCGCUGUCCCAAGUGGUUCUCACCGGAGCUCAUCAGCCUCCUCCGCGGCGUCCUCGUCACCAACCCGCAGCGCCGCGCCACCUCCGAGGUCAUCAUGGAGAACGAAUGGUUCAAGAUCGGCUUCCGCCGCUUCUCCUUCCGCAUCGAGGACGACCGCUCCUUCACCUGCUUCGACCUGGACGACGCCACCACCGUCGACGCGUCCACCACGCCGCCCGACACACCGCGGACAGUGGAUGUAGCCGGCGCCGGGGCCGGGUACGACGUCGCUCCCAUGCGACUGAGAAAGGAGGGGAACCUGACGUCGUGCGGGUCGGCGCCGUCGUUGCUGGAACUGGAAGGGAGAUCCGCGCUGGGUGGGAGCUCACGGCGGCGGUCUAGCCUGAACGCGUUCGACAUCAUCUCCUUCUCUCGCGGAUUCGACCUCUCAGGGCUGUUCGAUCAGGACGAUGGCGGCGCGGGGAGUGUCCCGGAGCAGCAGCAGAACAGCACGGCGCGGUUCAUGUCGGCGGCGCCGGUCGAGGUGAUCCUAGCGACGCUGGAGGUGGCCGCGACGGCGGCGGGCAUGGCGGUGCGGGAGAUGGAGGACGGGUCGAUCAGCAUGGAGGGGACACGCGAGGGCGAGCACGGCGCGCUGGCGGUGGCCGCCGAGAUCUACGAGCUCACGCCGGAGCUGGUGGUGGUGGAGGUGCGGCGAAAGGCCGGCGGCGCCGCCGAGUACGAGGAGUUCUUCCGGGCGCGGCUCAAGCCCAGCCUACGCGAGCUCGUCUGCGACGACCGGCCAUGCCCCGACUCCGGCGAGCUCUGUCGAAGCCUUUGAGGCCACGACCACCGGCAUGCAUGCACGUUCCUUGUCCAUAUGUACGUAGAAACUUAUGUACGCACGCACGUAUGCGAGGAAGUAUAUGUAUACAUAUACAUA